UUUGACAAGAGCAUAACAGAGGCACUAGAAAACAAAGUACGAAGUCGAGGAACAUUCAAGGGCGGGCGUCUACAUACCUAUCGUUUCUGCGACGAAGUAUGGACAUUCAUCAUCGAGAAUCCUAAUUUCCGUUUAGAUAAUGAUAAUAUCGCCGUUGACAAGAUCAAGAUCGUGGCGUGUAAUGCAAAGAAGCCUGGUGAUGCUGAUAAUAAAUAA